CCGCCCGGACACCGAGCGGAUCCGGAUCCCUGCGCCGCUGCCGCCGUCGUCAGUGGGGCCUGCUCAGCCGCGGUCGGAGUCCCGGCUCCCCGGGGGAGGCCGCGGGGGGAGGGGCGGUCCGGGAGCCGACGCGGGGAGGCGGCACCAUGACCGGGCGCGGCCACAACAAGCUGCCCACGACCGAGCGCAUCGUGAAGGCUGUCCCAUUUCCUCCCACGCAGCGGCUCACACUGAAGGAAGUGUUUGAGGAUGGAAAGCCCAGGCUUGAUGUCUUGAAAAGCCACUUGGUGAAGGAAGGGCGGCUAGAAGAGGAUGCAGCAUUGAAGAUAAUCAAUGAUGGGGCUGCCAUUCUGAGGCAUGAGAAGACAAUGAUUGAAGUAGAGGCUCCAAUCACAGUGUGUGGUGACAUUCAUGGGCAGUUCUUUGACCUGAUGAAGUUGUUUGAAGUUGGAGGAUCACCCAAUAACACCCGCUACCUCUUCCUGGGAGACUACGUGGACAGAGGCUACUUCAGUAUAGAGUGUGUGCUGUAUUUAUGGAGUUUAAAGAUAAAUCAUCCCAAAACGCUGUUCCUGCUUCGAGGGAACCAUGAAUGCAGGCACCUCACAGAAUACUUCACCUUUAAACAGGAAUGUCGAAUCAAAUAUUCGGAGCGAGUGUAUGAUGCAUGUAUGGAUACAUUUGACUGUCUUCCUCUUGCCGCCCUCCUAAACCAGCAGUUCCUGUGCGUCCAUGGAGGACUGUCUCCAGAAAUCACAUGUCUAGAUGACAUUAGGAAAUUAGACAGGUUUAAAGAGCCUCCAGCCUUUGGUCCGAUGUGUGACCUACUCUGGUCUGAUCCAUCAGAGGAUUACGGCAAUGAGAAGACGCUAGAGCAUUUCACUCACAACACUGUUCGAGGCUGUUCCUAUUUCUACAGUUACCCUGCAGUCUGUGAAUUUUUGCAAAACAAUAGUUUGUUAUCUGUAAUCCGAGCUCAUGAAGCCCAGGAUGCUGGGUACCGAAUGUACAGGAAGAGCCAGACGACGGGCUUUCCAUCGCUAAUCACGAUCUUCUCUGCACCAAAUUACCUAGAUGUGUACAACAACAAGGCUGCUGUGCUGAAAUAUGAAAACAAUGUCAUGAACAUCAGACAGUUCAACUGUUCUCCACACCCCUACUGGCUUCCAAACUUCAUGGAUGUCUUCACAUGGUCUUUACCUUUUGUAGGGGAAAAAGUCACAGAGAUGCUGGUCAACAUCCUCAACAUAUGCUCUGAUGAUGAGUUGAUUUCAGAUGGUGAUGAAACUUUGGAAGAUCACUACAUUUCAAGCUAUCAGAAAGCAGGCACGACAGUCCGUAAGGAGAUAAUCAGGAAUAAGAUCAGAGCCAUUGGGAAGAUGGCACGUGUUUUUUCAGUUCUCCGAGAGGAGAGUGAGAGCGUGCUGACUCUCAAAGGCCUGACUCCCACAGGUACUCUGCCCCUGGGAGUCCUCUCAGGGGGAAAGCAGACUCUACAGACUGCCACAGUAGAAGCAGUAGAGGCACGGGAAGCCAUCCGUGGAUUUUCACCGCAGCACAAGAUCCGCAGCUUCGAAGAAGCCAGGGGGUUGGACCGCAUUAACGAACGCAUGCCGCCGCGCAAAGAUUCAAUGCACCCAGAUGGGCCGGUGAACUUGGUAACCUCGACAAACUCUGCGGAGAAGAACGGCACAGGGAAGAAAGCUUAGUAAUGGUUCUGAUGCCUAAUCUGCACCACUAAAGGAUCCAAAACUUAAUGAAUUUUAUUUAUUUAUUAUUGGGGUGGGAUAGGGAUGGGGAGGAAUAAAGUUAACCUGGAGGCACGUUCAUAAUCCAGUUUGCAUCCAUUCUGUAAGAAAGGUGACCAUUUUGUAAUUUUUUAAUUUAUGUUCAGUAUAUAAAAAGUCCAUCUUUUUUUUAAUUUAGAAACCAAUCUAAUUGCUAGUGAAUAUAUGAAGUGUUGUGCUGUACAGCUGACCUCUCCCCCACAGAAGGGAAACCUCUGAGGAUUUAAAAAAAAAAAAAAAAAGCCUCAGAGUCCCAAGCAACUUCAGUCUUGACUUUGGUACAGUUUUUUAAAUUAGCCUGUGCUUUCAAAAGCAGCAUCUUUAAUUUUAAAACAUGUUUUCACAACUGUCUUCACGGAGUUUGCUGUUAUUUUCUUCAACUUCUAUUGUCUAGCUCAUCCGCUGCUUUAGCGAUUGAUUUUGUGGAAGAUGGCAUGCUGCAUGGUGCGACUGGCUCAGACCCAGCCUUCUCUUUUUGGAAGACUUUAUCCUAGGUGGUGAUAAAGUGGAUAGUUCUGAUUCCAGCUGGGGUGUUGGAUUAUCUCUUGGGGAUAAGGGUGUGAAUUUUCCAAUACUAGCAUAUUUUUCUUCAGGAUUCCAAUUUAUUCCAAUAGAACAAAAAACCUCUUAGAAUGACCUGGAAGGUGAGCAUGGGAAAGCAUCCCCUCUAGUCGCCAUUCUUUCUAAAGCUUCUGGUUUUCAGACUCUGAAGCAAACCAUUUGCAUCGUUCCAUCAGUACAGACAACACUUCAAGUGCAUCUAAACGUUCUUUACAGAACACUGUGCAUUUUGAUUUGUAGUCCGUUGAAACAGGAGUAGGUCAGUGCACACUAGGGAACAUUUAGUGCGCAAUAGCAAUGUCCAUGUAGCCAAUUAGUGCACUAGGAUUUACACUCUAGCUUGCCACACAAUAACUGUCUUGAGAAGCCCUUGGUGUUGGUGUUUCCACAGGCAGUAGCAGCUGGAACGAAUGAACACACACACACCCCGGCAUAAGGGAUUAGGCGAGCAAGAACCUAGUCACUAGUGGAGGUAUGGACAGUGUAAGCUGUAUGGAAAAUGUGAGCCAUCCAGGGAACAUCAGUGACUCCAUUUGAAAGAUGGAGUAAUUUUCGUAGCCUCAGAUAGAUGGGAUGGGGAAGGAUUAGUGAUUCAUAAUGAUCAUUGCCCCUCUUCCCCUACAUAUCUGUGCUGUUGAAUGGUCAGUGCAGAGAGGGACUUGUGAAACAUGUUCGUUCUUGGAAACAUCUGUGUCCUUUGCUUGUACUAAGGAGGAUAAUUUUUAGAGAAGGAAAGUGGCUUGGAGAACUCAGUGGAUUUGGGCUAGAGGUUCUUGAAGGCUGUUUGUAUAGUAUAUCUCUUAGUGAGUUGGGGGAAAGGAGAUCUCUUUAGGGGAUGGUGGGUUUCUACUAUAAAUGCAGCACUGGGGAGGCAAAAAGAAUGGCCUCUAUACAUUGCAAAGUGGACAUUGUGUUUUGAAGUUGGAAUCUAAAUAAGCAAAGUACCCAGUCUGGUUCAUUUACUUAUUCAGACUUUGCCUGAAUCCAGUUUUGAAACAGACCUUGAAAAAUCCAAACCUGGUUGCUUAUUUUUACGAAAUGCAAACUCCUCUCUUUCUGCCUUUCCCAUAUUGGUCAUUUUAGCCGAAUCCCCUCCUGCUUAUUACAUUGCAUCAAAGAAGCAUCGCUCAAAUGCUAGUCCUUGGCUGCUUUUUGCUCCCCUUCCCAUUUGAACAAAUGUAUGACGUCUCCUAGUGCCACCAAGCAGAUGAGGCAGAUGAGCAGAGUUAAACUCUACCCUCUGGGUGAUCCAUGCACCCUGUUCUUUAUUUUGUCUUGAAGCCCCUUGAUGUUACUAUCUUCCCUUCAUGCUGUGGGCAUAGUCUUUGAUUCCAGUCCCAGAGGAGGGCAGCUGCCUCACAGGAAUCUUUUAAAUUGUCACUUCUAAUGCUGUGUCACAAACUUAAUUUCAUACUAGUUAUUUAGGACACUGCAUCUGAGCAGAAGGGGGUUUUAGCGAUGGACUCUUAAAGUCACGUGUCACCAUUUUUUUUUUUACAUGACUGCUGCCUUGUGAAAGUGAGUGUUUUUGGAAGGCUUGUCUUUUCUUACUCCAUGUGGGGCAAGGGGUCCCUCUUGAUAUCACUUUUCUUUCUAUGGCAUCUGUUCCAAAGCAGGAAUAGACCUAAACAUUGCAUCUUCUUUGAAAAACUGGCUGGUUGUGCAGUAUGCUACCCUAGUGUGUAGUGCACACACUCUGACCUGGCUGAGAUCUUCUCUGAGCAGCAUCUCUGGUUCAAGAGCCAUGUGACAGGCACCAGAAUUAAAUGAAUCUGUCCCUCCUUAGGGGUUAGUGCAGGGGUCCCCAACACGGUGUCCACGGGCAUCUGAAGUGCGCCCGCAUACUGGCCAGUGGACGAGCAUCUGCCGAAAUGUUGCUGAAUUUCGGAGGCAUUUCGGCAGCAACACCCCUGGAUGAUACCGCUUGUCGGCAGCAUUUCAGCGGAUGCUCGUCGUCUGACGGCCGCCAGAUGAAAAAGGUUGGGGACCACUGGGUUAGUGAAUGGGGGGUGGGGGCGGGUAGAUGUUUGGCUAGGUUGGAGCCUUUCUGUCCAUAGUAGUGGUGGGAGAAGACGCUGCCAAGGCAUCCUCUGCUCAUCACCCUUUGGAAGCUUAACACUGAAAGUUGUUUCUGCCCCAGUUGCAAUGGAAGCUUUACUCGUGAACUCCAGGCUGCUGGUGUUGCCUUUCUUGAAAAGAAAAGGCGUUUGUUCCUGAAAUGCUGUCCUGUUCUGUGUGUUUUUGUUUUUGUUUUAAAGCAGGUUGCACUUCAGCCCUACCAACUUCUACUCUGAACCUCUUUUACCUUACUCCUAAAAGAAAAAGAUUAGUUUCUGUUUCAAACCUGGAGGCUCACCAUAGCAUUGCUUAAGUGGUGUUUGCAAAGCAUGGAGCUUCGAAACCAUAGUUACUGGAGCUUUGUGCCUGCUGAAAUUAUCCAUCCUCAACUAAUCAGGAGGCAUAACUGGGGGUGGUGACAGCUGGCUUCCUAAAUUCUGAUUGGCUUGUGACUUAGCAAUUCAUUGAGCCAGAGGCAGCUUGUUUUUAAGCUUGUUAAUUGUUGGGUGUUGCUUAAACGGGAGUCCCAAGUCAUCCGCUGAUUGUCAGUCAGUGAGGCUGUCUCCAAUGGGGAGGAGCCCAGCUCUCACAUUAGUCACAAUCAGUUCAAAUGAGCAGUACUGAGUGACUCUGACAGCAGUCACUAGCCCAGUGUGUUGUGGGUGGAAGGAGCUCUCUGGAUGACUCAUGGCUUCCCCAUGCAGGAACUAUCGGGUCUUUCCGCUCCUUAUUCUAUCAAGCUGAGAGCUGCUGGAAAUGUAUUCCAUAUCCCACACAAGCACAUGCAGAUAGGAUGCUGUCAGGCGAAGCACAGUCUCCGGUUGCUAUGGGAACAUUGGUGCCAGGGUCUGUGUUUCUUCAGCACAGUAUGUAGUGUUCUUAAUGGGGUGAGGGGGUGAGCUGCAGCACAGAUUGGGGAGAGUGGGUGUUAAUUACCCCCUUAAUUGAUCAUCUUAUAACCUUCCCUGUCCUGGCUUUUCCUCUUUAAUUCAGAGGUUAACUAGCUCCUGUUGCGCCAAGUGGUGCAGUGUGUGAGCGGUGGUGAUUGUGCAUUGACAGUAGGGGAGGAGUGUACCAUCACCAGCUGCAGUUGUCUUGGACAUGUUGAGAUUCCACCUUCAAUCAGAGACAGGGCUGCCAGGAUUUUUGCUUUUUAAAAUAUGAACACAGUAUGUGAACCAACCUUCAGUGCUAAGCAUUUAAACCUCACAGUCCCCUUCACUUCUGUUCUUUGUAUCCCAAGGAGGGGAGAGACCUCGAGGUAUAGGCCUUUGAUUGCUGGGCAGCUCUGGAAAGAAAGCAAAGCUCAUUCCCAGCAAAGCAUCACGCCACAACCAGAGCAUUUGGUGCGAGAGGGGCUCCUGCCCUUCUGCACUGUAACAGACAAGUGCAAAGAACUCUGGCCUUCAAAGCCAUGUCUGAGAGAGGGAGGGAGCUUAAAUAUUCCCCCUGCUCCCAAUGCAAAAGUAUUGCAGAGACUUGAAGUAGUUUCUCCUCUUCCAGCACCCCCUCCCAUCUCCCAGAAACCCAACACUGGUUCUGCCUUGGAACUAUGCAUAUCUGAAGAGGCCUCAUCUCAGAGCUCCAUUCCGUCCUCUGUUUCCAUCCCCUCUUGCCAGCCAGUUGCAGAAGCUUGACAAAUGAGACUUUGCAAAAAUAUAAAUAAAUAAAUAAAAAAUAAACACACAAGCCAAGGAGUACAAUCAGUCCAUGGAACUCCAGACUAUUAAGGGCAGUGCCACUGCACUCCUUUCUCCACAAGGCUGCCCCUAGCAGCCUGUCUUAUUUUUGCAUGUUAUAGCAAGGUGCAUGUAACAAGGAGGGAGUCAGCAAUGGGAUAUUUUAGCAUUGGGAACAAAGGUGCAUUCACCUUGUUUUGGGAGAACCUUUUACUGUGAUGCCAUCCUGCACACCUAUUUUUAAGGGCCUUUUUUGGCACACCACCACACUCGGGUAAAUCUUAACUAGCUAGAUUCUUGUAGCAGAGUAGCUCGGAGGCUUAUCUGCCUCAGACCCAAAGGACCGUAAAGCCCCUAAGAACAUGUGUUGGAUAUGGUGAUGACGACUUAGGUUCUCGCUGCUGAAGGAGCAUAUGCCUGUUGCCUGGAGACUGCCUCCUUUUUUCUUGCUUUUUUUAGUUAUGUUUAAAGAAAAAUGGUGAAAAAUGUUAUUUAUUGGCAGAAAUUAUUUAAUAUAAUUUCUUUUUUGUGAACAAGGAAUGAAUUUGUUAGAACUGUCUUAAUGUAAAUUGGAAGUCAUCUUUAAAAAAAAAGUUAAAAAUUAAAUGACAGUCAUUUGGCUCUGGUGUCUUUAUUCAAAAACGAUUCACUGUGGUGCGUUUGAGGAUCAGUGGAUUUCAAGUCAUUGGCAUAAGGCUUGGGGAGGAAAAUCCUGUCUGUGUUUGCACAGGGGUUUGUUCCUCAAUGAUAUUUUUGGGGUAGAAAUUCCCUUUCCAUAUCACAUGACCUGCAGCCACACCACUGUUACGGUGACCUCACAUGUUAACACUGCUACCUCUUAUGUAUAACACUUUGGUCAGAGAUCUCACGUCCCGUACAAAGGAAGAUCUGUAUUUGACAGAUGGGAAAUCAGACCCAGAGAGGGGAAGUAAUUUACCUAAGUCACCCAGCCAAGCCAGGAAUAGAACCCUGGUCUCCUGACUCGGUCCAUUGCCUGAUGCACUGGGUCACACUGCCUCCUGCAGCUAAGCCUGGCUGGGCUGAGUCAGGACUUGAUGGGAGACUUCCAAGAAGCAGGUUGGUUGUGCAGGAAGUUCUAUUUUAUUUAGGCAUGUUAAUACCACGCUUAUCACCAUGGCCUCAGAGUACCUCUGUGGUGCCUUGGAUCCAGUAGGUACUCUCCUCUUAGCAUGGCUCACAGAGCUGUGGUCUAGGACGGAGUCUUCUGCAUAAGAGGGGCUGAAUAAUCAUACUGAUUAAAGUCGGCAGGUCUUUUCUUAAAGAUGUGGGUGUUUAAACACAUUGAAACUCCAGUUCAGGUCACUGUACUCUGCCUGGCUAAAUUCCCUCUUUUGUUUCAGAUGGAUACUUCUUCCCUUCCUACCUUAAACUGGUAUAGUGCAUUCACUACAGCUAUUGCAUUGCAGGCUAGAGGUUGCUGAUAUUCCUGUAUUUCACCUCCCUCCCCAGGUAGGUUGAGGGUUAGUUAUAGUUGUAAGGUGCUCAGUAGAGCAGUGGGUGAUACUAUUCCAGCAAAUGCCUGUGAGUUUUCCCCCAAUCGCUAUUCUGUAAAUAGUCAUCUUUUACAGUCCCAGGGCUUUCAUUGGGAAGCAUUAUGGUCUGAAAUGGGCUUCAUUUUUAAAUUGUAUUUGUGGGGUAGCUAGUCUUUCCCACCCCCUCUACUGAAAACUCUACAAGCUAGUGCCGGAUUCCCUAGUACUGCCUGGAUUUGCUGUGUUCACUGCUCAUGCUGCCAUUACACCAGCAGAGGGCGCUGUUGCUCUUGCAGAGAAGGUCACAUGCUGAGAUGUUGGUGUUGCUUUACUUUUAACAUUCAAAACUGAGUAGGAUUUAUUUUACUGAUAAGUCACUUGUAUCCAGCCUCCUCCACUGUCUUUCUUCCCCCCUCCACCCCAGCUACUGUUUAGCACAAGCUGGCAGGAGAGACAUUUCCCCUGAGUCAAGUGCAAGGAUCUGAAUGGAUCUAGGCCAGGGGUAGGCAACCUAUAGCACGGGUGCCGAAGGCAGCACACAAGGUGAUUUUUCAGUGGCACUCACGCUGCCCAGGUCCUGGCCACUGGUCUGGGGGCCUCAGCAUUUUAAUUUAAUUUUAAAUGAAGCUGCUUAAUUUUAAAAUCUGUAUUUACUUUACAAACAACAAUAGUUUAGUUAUAUAUUAUCGACUUAGAGACCUUCUAAAAACAUAAAAAUGUACUGACAUGCGAAACCUUAAAUUAGAGUGAAUAAAUGAAGACUCGGCACAUCACUUCUGAAAGGUUGCUGACCCCUGAUUUAGGCUAAGGACUCUUACCUCUUGUGCUUCUGUACUUUUUUUAAAUUCCCUGGUCAUGUCAGUACAGAGAUAAUUUCCAUUUUCUGAACUGUCUGUCUAGUAAGAUGUCACAGGUUCACAAGUGGUCUUACUAUUAAUUUAUAUUCCAGGAGGACCUAUGUGCUAAGUGCUGUACGCACUCAGGUUGAGAGAAUCCCUGCCUUCGGAGCGUUCAGUCUCACCAGACAAGACAGGCAUAGUGUGGGAAAGGGAAGGGUUUUGCCCAACGUCACACACAAGUGAGUGGUUGAGCAGGAAAUAGAACCUAGGUCUCCUGACACCCAGUCUGGUGCCUGAUCUGGUAGGCCUGGCUUUCUCUCAUAAAGCUGAGAGUGGCGUGUAAACACCCACUAAGCUUCCAAAGCGUGGGUGAUAAACAUUUUAUAUGGUGCUCAUGUUUUAUGAUUCCUCCUUUAAAACCCCCACCACUUCCCUGCCUUAGAGCAGCAGUUCUUCUCUCCCCCCGCUGCCCCUUUGGCAUUACAGAGCAGCAAUUGAAAUUCUUCCCAGUUCAAGGUUGACAGGGAGGGUAAAGUUCUUACGAGUCAUGUGACAUGUGAGUUACAAAGACAAAUUAAAACUAGGUUAACCUAGGAUUGAAAUCCCCGUGGAGGAGGGGAAAGGUCACCAAGGAUGACUGAAGGAGGAUUAGGUAAUGUGUAUAACAUGACUCUGAUCUUGCACAGCAGUUAGAAAACACUGCUGGUCUUAGUUCCUGCUUUAUUACUGUAAACAAUGAUUGUGUGUAGAGCUGUGCCAACUGCCUUUUAGGGCCCAUCUGCCCCUCCCCUGUAGUGCUACAGAUUCUAUAGUGACGAGCUGUGUAAAUACCAAGAGAAAACUCCAAGCCUUACUGCACCUUAUUACUAUGCUGUUCUCACUGUUUAAAAUGAUCUCUGCCUGAAUCAGGCGCCUACGUUUUAGACAAUCAUUGCUGUCCAUUUAUCACCACCCCUUGGAAUAUGUGCAGAUGUCUCCCAAAUUUGCUGUAGGCGAUGUAGCCCAGUUUUGUGAGUGACUCCAUCAGCAGAGAUUAAAUUCAUUCUAUAACUUGUU